AUGGAUCCACGCAGGCGUAAGAGGCUUUACACACUGUUAGAAGUUGUUGAGGAAAUUUUUAAAUCUAGUGAUGAUGAACAAAAUCAUACAUCAAGCGAGGAUGAGCCAGAUGUGCUUUUGCCUGAAGAAAUGUCUGAUUCGGCCCUAGAUCGGCAUUCAGAUGAUGAUGAUGAUCAUGAUGAUGAUGAUGAUGAAGACAGAGCCCGACCAUCAACCUCUUCAGCACAAUCAUCAUCUACUUCAGCUGCAACUUUCAGUGGAUUUACAGAUGAAGGCAGAGGCAGAAUUACAAGAUGGCACACCUCGGAAGAACCAGACAUUACCCCACCUGUGAUAGUGUUUCGACCAGCUAGAACUUCAGGUCCUCAGAUGAUACCUGUGGAGUCGUACAGUGCUCUGGAACUGUUUCAGCAGUUUUUUUCACCCUUAGUGUGCCAGACGAUUGCACAGAAUUCUAAUGCCUAUGCAGCAAAAAAUCAAGACACUGCAAGGAAGCCAUGGCAGGACAUGUCAGUGAAGGAUUUUUACUCCUACCUGUCACUAGUAAUAUACAUGGGUCUGGUAAAAGUUCCUGGUGCAAAAGACUACUGGAAUGGGUCCAGACUGUAUACACUAGGCUUUCCAGCUAGUGUAAUGUCAGGCCGAAAAUUUCAGGGCAUAUCAUCAGCCCUGCAUCUCAAUGACCCAAAAGAGGAUGCUGAAAACAUGCGCAAAAAAGGAACCCCAGCCUAUAAUCGCCUUGGCAAACUGAAGCCGGUCUAUCAGCAGAUACGGACUGCAUGCAAGACUUUCUUUCAUCCUCAUCAGGACAUUGCAGUAGAUGAACGAAUGGGGAAAUCCCCUGUAGCACAAAAAGAACAAAAUAAAGGACUCAGCUAUGAGUCUGUGAUGGCACUGGUGGAUAAAAGAACGUUAGGAACAGGCUACAAGCUCUACGUGGACAAUUUUUACACCAGUCCAUUACUCUUCAGAGACCUCCUCCAGAAGGGCAUUUGGGCCUGCGGCACAAUUCGCAGCAACCGGGUGGGCUUCCCGCAAGCCACUGACAACAGGCUGCCCAGAAAUGCUCCCCGUGGGAGUAUGAGAUGGAUUCGUGAUGACAAGUUACUGUUUGUUGAAUGGAAGGACACAAGGGAGGUGCUCAUGUGCUCCUCCUUCCAUUCAGCAAAUGGUGACUGCAAGGUACAGAGGAGGAUCAAGACUGGAGCUGGAGAAUGGAUGGUGCAGAAUAUUCCCAUACCUACUGCAGUGGUUGAUUACAACAAGAACAUGGGAGGAGUAGAUCUCUCCGAUGCCCUCAUCGGAUAUUACAGCGUCCUCAAAAAGACCAGGAAGUGGUACCGUGCCCUGUUCUACCACUUCGUUGAUAUUGCCGUGGUGAAUGCACUCAUCAUUCAUCAGCAGAUGGCUCUAGGUCGGAAACAAAAACCCAAAACCCCAAGAGAGUUUCGUGAAGCCCUGGUUCUGGAGCUGGCAGAUUGGAAUGACCCUUCUGGUCCUGAUCCAGUACCAACUGCACCCCCAGGCCAUCAGUGCCACAGGCCCAAAUUCAUCACUGAAACCAGCAACAAGAGAUUGUUUCAACCCCUGGCAUGA